AUGCAGCUUAGAGUCACUAAUUUGUUAGUGGGUUCUUGUCGAUCGUUCAAGGUGUACCAUUCAACUUACAGCUCAAAAGUCAGCCAGAAAUGUAGCAGUCUCAUUUACCAGUCUAAUGGAGAUCCUGAGAAGGUGGUUGAGCUUAUCGAGAGUACCCUUUCGAAGCCCUCAAAGUCAGAGGUCAUGGUUCGAAUGCUGGCCGCCACUAUCAAUCCGGCAGACAUGAAUAUGAUUCAAGGCAUUUAUCCGAUCAAACCACCUUUGCCUGCCGUUGGUGGCAAUGAAGGAGUUGGCGAAAUUUUGAUGGUUGGUUCUGAUGUCAAAGACUUUCAAGUUGGUGACCGAGUUCUUUCCAUUAUACCUGGAUGGGGAACGUGGAGGACACACGCUAAUUCUCGUGCAGAUCAAUUCAUCAAAAUAUCGAAGGAUUUGCCGGUGGUCAGUGCUGCAACAUUAAGUGUAAAUCCUUGCACCGCUUAUAGAAUGCUGAAAGAUUUUGUAAAGUUAGAGAAAGGUGAUGUGAUAAUUCAGAAUGGGGCCAACAGUGCAGUUGGACAGGCUGUCAUACAAAUUGCUGCAGAACUUCAGGUGAGGACAAUCAAUAUUGUGAGAAAUAGACCAGAUCUCUCAAAGUUGGUCGACCAUCUCAACAGUCUUGGGGCCACUCACGUCUUGACAGAUGAUCUGCUUAGAAGUCCUGAGGUGAAGGAGAUUCUGGAGGAUCUGCCUAAACCAAAAUUAGGGUUGAAUACUGUUGGUGGGAAAAGUGCUGCAGAUUUACUCAAACAUAUGGAAGCUGGCUCAACUCUAGUUACAUAUGGUGGAAUGUCCAAGCAACCUCUCAUGGUUCCAACGGGUCUCUUGAUUUUCAAUGACGUCAAGUUGUCUGGUUUUUGGAUGUCUAGAUGGACUGCAGAGAACAUGCGCAGUCAGGAACAACGAAACAUGAUACAGUGGUUGACAGAUCUUGUUAUGGCUGGAAAGUUAAAGCCCCCAAAACAUGAGGUCAUCUCCUUUUCAGAAUUCAAGAUGGGCAUUCAUAAAACAAUGCAGCCCUUCACUGGAAAGAAACAAAUUCUCUUGAUGAAUGGUCUUGAUGGUUCUGCUGUUGAUCCUUCAUCUGAAAAAAGUGACCCUCCAAAAACAUAA